AUGCGACAAAAGCGCAGCACUGGAACCUGCUGUUUGUUCUUGCAGUCAGACCACACCUGUAGCUUCAUUCUCUGCGGGUAUGUAGGAAGCUUUAGAAAUUUACACACCUGCUGUGAAAUACCAAAGGUGCUUGGAAGUUCUGGUAAAACAUACACGUGUCUGGCUUCUUGUCAUUACUGUUCAUGUCCUGCAUUUGCCUUCUCAGUGCUACGGAAGAGUGACAGCAUCCUGUGCAAGCAUCUCUUGGCAGUUUACCUUAGUCAGGUUAUGAGGACUUGUCAGCAGCUAAGUGUCUCCGACAAGCAGUUGACUGACAUAUUAUUGAUGGAGAAGAAACAAGAAGCAUAAAAGGUACAGAUUGAGCAUCCUUCUUUCAAAAUAGAAUCCUGUCAAGAAAUGCAUUUAAAAUGUCAUGAUUCACAAGGAAAAGAGGUGAAAUAGAUCUUCAGACACUUCAUGUUACUAUCCCUUUUCCCUCCAGGACUGCAGGAGGUGCUGUGGGUUGGAGCCGUGGGCUGUGGAGGGUUUGCGUAUGAUUAGAAGCCUUGUCCAGUCUUCUCAAGAAAAACCCUAAGCCAGUUUCUGAGGUGCUUGGGUAAAAAAUGUCCCUGGAUGGAAUCAAGAUUUUAAAUUCAAAUAAAGCCUAAUAUCAUGUUGUGUCCACA